CUUGUUGACAUACCUCUUUAUGUAGCUAUGAAUCGACCUUUUCCAUAGGUACCAAGAUGCCAUUCCUGUUAUUGAAAUGGGCUUGGAGGUAGUACCCAAAUUCCAAUAUGGAGUAUUCCCAUGGCCAGGGAAAAAGAAUCCUCGAGCCAUUGAAGAGUCUAAGCCAGGGAAGCUCAUUGCCACAUUGAACCAAAUGCUGCAUAUCUGCCGUAACCCACCACCACCAGAUGCAGUGUGUCGCUACUCCAAGUGUUCCACAGCCAACACCAGCAAGGAGAAUAAGAGUGAGAUUUAUUACACGGAUCCUGAUUUCAAGGGAUUCUAUCAACUUAUGUGUCAUGAUAAGUGCAUUAUUCAAUUUCAUCCUUCAUGCUGGAAGGCAUUCAAGCUAGAUGAGGAGAUUCAUAAUGACAAGGAAUUACUUGAUCGUAUAUGCUUGACGCCUGACUGUGGAAACCCUAUAGUUUGUAUUGAGAUCAUCGGGACUGAUGGAACAAAACAGCACAUCAUAGAGAAAGAGUCUGCCCAGAGUAAACAGCCUGCUAAGACAAAAAAAACGAAAGCUGAGAGAAGGCAGGAGAAGAAACAAGAAAAAAAGAGGCGGAAGCAAGAUGACUCCACUGGCCUCUCCCGAGAAUCAGAGACAGGAUCUGUCAAUAGUGAAGAGGUCUUAUCUGUUGGAGAUGGUUUGGACCUGCAUGGUCGUGGAAAUUCACCUGCUCUGGAACCUUGUCCACCUCUGGAACCACCCAAGAAGAAGACCUCCAUCCUAAUGCCUCCCAGGGCCAUUGAGGAGGGCAAAGUCACUGUGAUAAAAAAAUCAGAAGAAACUCAUGAGGAGAAGCAAAAGGAGAAAAAUAGGAAAGAGAAGAAGAAAGAGAGGGAACGGAAAGUUGUUCCAUUGUCUCAGUUCCUUGAUCAGUCUGGCUCCAAUGCUGCUUUCAAGGAGAACCUGGAGCGGCUGCAUAAACUUCAAGUAGAGAAAUUUCUGGUUGAUGACAGUGAUUCUGCUAUCACAUUUCCUCAGUUGGCUCCAAGCCUUUCCAGAUAUCAGUUUCAACCCAUGGAAAUGGAGGCUCAAGAUCAGCAUUUUGUGAGUACAGCUUGGGCACAACAAGAGCCCCAUCAUCCAUCUGCUUCUCGUGUUGUUGUUUACCAACCAGUAAAGCCAUUAGAAGAGAAGCUUAUCCUUCUUGUAUUAGGAUACCUUGAGGACCAUCUUCGUAAUAAGGGACCUCAGGAUUCCAAUGACCAGGAGUUCCUGGAAGAAAUCAACUCAUUCCCCUCAGAGGUGCAGCAAGAGAUAGCAGAGACUGGUGGAGUCUUGGAAUUCCUUCUCCAAUCAGAUCUCUUCGUGGCUGUAGACAACGUUGUAGCCAUUCGAGAAGAUUUGGAAAAGGCUCGAAAGAUGGCUUUGGCCAAGAUUACUACUGAGAUCUGCUCAAUGCUCUCCUUAACUGGAUUGGAGCCUCUUCUUCCACCUGGAGAUGUGGUGCAUGUUGUUGGGUCUGAGGGAGAUGUCCUUUCCAUCCAGACCAAUGACCCAGGGAUGCAGGUUGACUCAACUGAUGAUGCUGAUCUUGAGCAUCUCGAUUUUGAUGAAAUAGAAUCUGAAGUAGAAGAGCCUGGUAGUCAGCUGGAAACUCGGGUCGAGCUCCAGAGCACUGCCAUAGGUAUGGAGUCUGCCUCUCAAGGUGAAGUAACAGAAAAACUGGAUGAAGAGGACCAGGCUCUGACUGAGGCAGCUUCCUGUGAUGAUGUUGAUCUGGCAAACAGACAAGAGCCAACAGUAAAUGCUGCUAAGUUGGAGGAGUUUCGAGUUGAGUUGGGAUCAGCUCCAGUGCAGGAAUUACCAGGUGAUAUGGAGGAAUAUGUGGAGAAUAUGUGGAAAGGAUUAGUGGAGUGUGACCUUGCAUGGACAGAAUCUCCAGUAUUGGAGGAAAGCACGAGUAUCCCCUUAGAUGAAACCAAUAGCAACAGCAGCAGCAGUCCAACCUCCAUGGAUUCACUUCCCAGAGGUAAUAGAAGUCCCUCAUCCAUGGAGGGGGACCCUGCUGUGUCCAAGUCGCCAGAGUUGCCAGGAGCAAUCAUGAGAAGUCCAACUACUUCAGACGUUGUUCCUGCCACAUCCAUAGAGAAGUUGGACAAAUGCAUCCAGGCAGACAUCGACACACAGAGGCAGUUGUUGGAGAAGGAAAACCAGGAACUGUUGCAGCAGGUGUUAGCCUUGCGAAAGGCUAAUGAUGCCUUGAAGAAAGAGAAAGAGGAGGUGCAGACUGAGACCAAAGUGCUCUGUGAAUCUCUUCGUAGCAGCCUUGCCAUAUCAGAGAGAGCCAAGCAGUUGGACAAAUGCAUCCAGGCAGACAUCGACACACAGAGGCAGUUGUUGGAGAAGGAAAACCAGGAACUGUUGCAGCAGGUGUUAGCCUUGCGAAAGGCUAAUGAUGCCUUGAAGAAAGAGAAAGAGGAGGUGCAGACUGAGACCAAAGUGCUCUGUGAAUCUCUUCGUAGCAGCCUUGCCAUAUCAGAGAGAGCCAAGCAGGAUAUCAUAAAUGUCAAGUCUCACUUGGAGGAGGAAUUAGACAUGCUGAAGAAGAAAUCUGACAAAGAGCAUCAAGAUUUCACCAGCCAGGUAAUAUCACUCCAAGGAGAGCUAGACACCAAGAAGAAAGAGCUAGAAUUGUCCAAAGCAAGUUCCAUGGAAGAAAUUAAUCAGAUUUCACUGGAACGUGAUGAACUAUUUGCACGCUUGGAGGAAGAGAAGCAAAAGUCUGGAGAUUGGGAAGCUGAUUUCCAUGAGGUUUAUGAAAAGUUGAAGGAACUGGAGAAGCGAGCUAUUGAUGCUGACCUAGAACACCUAAAAACCAAGGAAGAGGCAGGGUUAAUGACACUGUACAAUGCAGUGAAGCAAGUAUCAAAUCAGAUGACAGAGCUGAGAAAAUAUCGGGAUAUUGUGGCACCCUUGCAGCCCAGCUGCAUCCCUGUCAUAGAUUCCUGCCUGGAGGAGCAUAAGAAAAAAAUCAUGGAUCUUGUCUCUCUCAAAGAUCGACUUGUGCACCAAUUGCGAGAUUGCUUGAAUAUGGUGAAAUCAGGAGUACCUCUCUCCAAAUUGCCUGAAGUUCUUAUCCCAACUAUUCCAGAGAAUGACACGACUUUACAAGAACUGGUUCAGAGCAUCAGUGCUACUGUGUCAAAUGACUCAGUGGCUAUGGGUGCUGCAUCCUCCAUGCCCACUGGUUCUUGGUCCAGUGAGCAACUGGCCUCAUUGGUCAAGGGAUCCCUCACCAAAGCAGGUACAGCCCAACCAUCAGUCUCUACAUCCACCAUUGUUGCCAGCAUGCAAGCUGCUCCUGCCAAGGCUGGUGCAGCUGCAACAAAGACCAAGCUAGAUCGUCUCAUAGAAUACCUGCAGAAGAAGCUUCCUCAAUACCUUCCUUCUGACAUCAAGUUGGCAUUACAGUCAGUGCGUCGAGAGAUGCCUCUGGCCAACCUUCCACUUGAUCAGAUUGUGAGCGAGGUGGCGAAGCAGCUGCAGAAGAUACAGCUUUCCCGUCUCAGUGGUUCCUCCCGCUCUCCAAGCUUGACUUCUGGUAAUCUGUCACCAAAUUCUUUUAGCAAGCGGUCAUAUACAGGUCCUGAUCCCACAGACGAAUGCUCCAUUUGCUAUGAACCCAUGCAUCUCAAGCCAAACAUCAUGCUUAAAUGCAGACAUUCCUAUCACCAUUCUUACACGGAGCUCCUCCACGAGAGGUACCCGCAACUGGUCAUCGAGGGAGACUACUUCCCGCCUCCUACGAUUCGCAUGUACCUGGCCCGACUGAUGACGAUGAUCAAGUUUGCGAUCAUCAUCAUGACCCUGUCGGGCAUCAAUCCGUUCCCCUUCCUCGGCAUCCCCACCCCCAACUGGUAUCAGUUCUUUGUCAACUCCAAGAUAUAUGCGAUCCUCAUGACAUUCUUCAUCGGCAACUUCAUCGAGACCCAAUUGGUCUCCACUGGAGCGUUCGAGGUGACCCUGAACGACGUCCCCGUCUGGUCGAAGCUGGAGUCCGGUCGCCUUCCCAAGCCGGCCGAGCUGUUUCAGAUGAUCGAGAAUCAGCUUCGGGUCACUUCGUACAGCAUGACAGGGGCUAAGAUGGCAGAAGGUGUGCAGUGGACAGUCUUCCUGUGUAUAGUAGGAAUAUCUGUACUAUUCACGCUGAAGGACCUAGGAUUGUUUGGGGAGGACGUCCCCCACUCGAAGGACGACGACGCGAAACCGGACCUGGAACCGAACGUGGAGUACACGGAGCUCCUCCACGAGAGGUACCCGCAACUGGUCAUCGAGGGAGACUACUUCCCGCCUCCUACGAUUCGCAUGUACCUGGCCCGACUGAUGACGAUGAUCAAGUUUGCGAUCAUCAUCAUGACCCUGUCGGGCAUCAAUCCGUUCCCCUUCCUCGGCAUCCCCACCCCCAUCUGGUAUCAGUUCUUUGUCAACUCCAAGAUAUAUGCGAUCCUCAUGACAUUCUUCAUCGGCAACUUCAUCGAGACCCAAUUGGUCUCCACUGGAGCGUUCGAGGUGACCCUGAACGACGUCCCCGUCUGGUCGAAGCUGGAGUCCGGUCGCCUUCCCAAGCCGGCCGAGCUGUUUCAGAUGAUCGAGAAUCAGCUUCGGGUCACUUCGUACAGCAUGACAGGGGCUAAGAUGGCAGAAGGUGUGCAGUGGACAGUCUUCCUGUGUAUAGUAGGAAUAUCUGUACUAUUCACGCUGAAGGACCUAGGAUUGUUUGGGGAGGACGUCCCCCACUCGAAGGACGACGACGCGAAACCGGACCUGGAACCGAACGUGGAGUACACGGAGCUCCUCCACGAGAGGUACCCGCAACUGGUCAUCGAGGGAGACUACUUCCCGCCUCCUACGAUUCGCAUGUACCUGGCCCGACUGAUGACGAUGAUCAAGUUUGCGAUCAUCAUCAUGACCCUGUCGGGCAUCAAUCCGUUCCCCUUCCUCGGCAUCCCCACCCCCAACUGGUAUCAGUUCUUUGUCAACUCCAAGAUAUAUGCGAUCCUCAUGACAUUCUUCAUCGGCAACUUCAUCGAGACCCAAUUGGUCUCCACUGGAGCGUUCGAGGUGACCCUGAACGACGUCCCCGUCUGGUCGAAGCUGGAGUCCGGUCGCCUUCCCAAGCCGGCCGAGCUGUUUCAGAUGAUCGAGAAUCAGCUUCGGGUCACUUCGUACAGCAUAGGAUUGGAAGAAGGGCUAAGAGAAUGUGAGAAGGAAGAUGAGAAGAACGAGAACCUAGUGAAAAGGGUCAUUGUUGAGUCUCUUUCCUGCUGGGAAAACAGCACUCACGGCUGA